UUCUUGUUGAAUCUUCUAAACAUUCUUAUCUAAACUGUGUUUACUGUUAAUGUGAUUACAGUUGGAGUCUUCAUUCCCUCGUGGGAUAUGCCACAUAAUGUUUUAGGAUAUGUAGAUAUAUAGUACACAGCAUAAUGUUAUUGUGAUGUAUUUUUUUAUGAAUAAAUUUCAAUGGAUGGAUUUCUAAUUAUCAUUGUUAAUCAUAGAUCAGUACCGACUAAAUGUAUGACAAGCCCAGUGAUAGUGUGUCAUAUUGCUGAUACCAGGCCGGACAGACAUGUUGAUCAUGUCGGAAUCAUUGACUGCACUUCCAGUUUGCACAGCCCUGCUGUUGUUUGUAUGGGUACCAUUAACUGAAGCGUCUGAUAUAUUUCAAUCAGUUGGGAUCAAAGUGGAUACAUCAGCACAAGUCACAGUGAACUGGACAUUGUACCCGGAACUAGAACCUGAGCCUAUGAACAUAACGCUAUGGUCAAAACUGUUGGGACAAGGGGAUUGUAGCAAUCAAACUGGACCUUCACUUCUGGUUGGCACUUCAGCCCUACACAAAGGCGUCUUUGUGAUACGCAACUUGAAAGGAUGGACUAGGUACAACAUCUCCAUUGAGGGAAAUAACAGUAACAAAUAUUACAACCAACUAUUAACUUCUGAAGUAAUCACACAGGAAGACUCAGCACCGACUGGCCAAGUAACACAGUUUAGUGUAACAAGCCUUAAGUCGUAUCAUGCAGUUCUUAGUUGGCAACCCCCUGAAUGUGCACAAAGAAAAGGUGAACUGUCUUCGUAUGAACUGCUUGUUACACGGACAUACUCUGUUAACAGCAACACAACUCUCAGUUGGCCUACCAAUGCCACAACAUAUACACUGAGAGAUCUAUACCCCAGUACAUCAUACAUAGUACUGGUCACUUAUGUCAACAGUAUUGGGAAAGGUCCUUACAGUCAGAUCAACUUUACAACAUUAAGCAACAGCCUUCCAGCGGUUGAGAUCGCGACUAUGACAAUGACCUAUUCAACAGCCACCUUGACCUUCGAACCUUUUGAUUCAAGUCUCGGUAUCACUUCCCUCACGCUGGCUUACAGCCAGUUUCAAGAUUUUAACUCUUCUGAGUUCAUUAAAAUUACGAAUUUCAAAAAUUCACCGGCGAUUCUAAACCAGCUUAGUCCGGAUACAACUUAUUAUAUAAAGGCGGCAGCGGUCUCUGAUGAUGAUGUAGGCCCUUACGGUUCAGUAGCUCAAGUCAGGACAUUGAAACUGAUUGAUCUGACUCUGGUGUCAAGGACAAGAAAUUGUUUCUUUCUUGCCUGGAUGUUACCUACUGAUGUUUUAAUGUCUGUCACGAACUUCACUCUGACAGUAACAUCAUUGACUUAUGGCUUGAAUUAUCAGCUAAUUCUUGACCAGAGCACCUAUCUGAAAGCAGUCUGUGAACUUCGACCUUCGACUCUCUAUAACGUCACAAUAGUUGCCAAUAACAACAACCGUGUUGUAUCCUUAGCAACUGCAAACUUUAGCACCGAUAUCGCCCUGCCGACGACACCACUCACGCCUGUGCUGCUUAGAUCAACUAAUGCAACCGUCACAAUCGCUAUUGAGUCAUUGAAAGUCACUGACGCGCCAGUUUCGUCUUAUCAAAUAGUGGUCCAACCCCGGAGUUCAAAGGACAGUUACGUCUGUGCUGAGUUCACAUCCAAUGAAAUGACCAAUAAGACACAUUUUCUUGUUGGUGAGAGACAAAUGGUUGGAGGCUAUUUCAACCAGGCUCUAAUACCCAACGUCUAUUACCUCAUAUUUUUGUCUGCUAAGUUUUUGUUGGACAAUAUCACAUCUACCAACACAUCACUGCCACUGGAGGUGUACACAGAACUAUUUGACCCACAGGUAGCCAUGUCCACCUCUUUAACUUUGACCUCUAGAAACACAACCUGUAUAAAUGUUUCCUGGUCUGUUCCCAGAGAAUUUGAGAAAGUAAUCACUGAACUAAAGUUAAACUUCGCUGAGUCCAAUAAAUCUGGACCCGGUAUCUCUCCUGGGAUUACAGUCACCAUGACAACACAUUUCUGGUGUGGACUAACUCCCUCGACCACCUAUAAUAUAGACCUAUCAGUUAUGACGCGAAACGGUGUACUAGCUAGAGUGGUGCAUGAUUUUAGCACAGUUCCAGUCAGUCCUCCAAGUCCAGUCAGUCCAGUACUGGUCAAUUCUAGCUACACGGACAUUACAGUGAUCAUAGCGCCAGUUCUGCUGGAAGAUACGAGAUCUACCAAUGAGUACUACAUCGUAGUGGACGAGGUCAGUGACAAAGGAGAUUCUGCCAGGCAUAAGAGAGACGCUGACGCCCAUGCGCUGCCAGGCAAUAUCACAGCCAGGCUGUUCACGAGACAGCUGCGAGACAGAGUUUAUUUCGUUGUGGGUAACGGGAAACUGUAUGGCGGGUAUUUUAACUCGCCCCUACGACCACAAGGCUACUACCUCCUUUACUUUGGGGUCUGUAGCUCUUACGGCGGAUACACCAAAUGCAGCUACACAACUGUUGGUCAAGCUGUCCAAGCCGUCCCUCGCGUCUUCACUGGCUCAAACUCUAGGCAAGAGGACGGGAAUCCGGCUGGCAUCAUAAUCGGCUGCCUUUUUCUUCUGCUGUUCAUUCUGGCGGUUAUCGCCCUUGUUGUUUACACACGCCAUCGAAUGGGUGCCGUCGCUGUUUUUCUUUACUUCAGUCGCACAAAAACUCAUGAUGCCAGCGUAGGAUACAGAAGCAAAAGAAGUGAAUAUGUCAAUUCUGAAGACGACCAUCCCAAAGAGGCUGACUACAACGUUGAAGACUGUUGGACUUCCAUUUACAAUUACCAACAAUGCAGACGCAUUGAAGUCAAAAAGUCCAGAGUAGAAAUCGUCAAGAAAGAUGCUGAUAAUUUUAGCAACAUCGCAGAGACUAAGAUUAUAUCUUUUGCUGAUGAAUUUCAACACCUGAGAUCAAAGCCAGAAGGGGCAACUGACAAGACAGCCCGGCAGUUCCCUAGUCUGAAUAGAUCCAAAAACCUCUUACCUUUUGAUCACAGUUUAGUCAGACUAAAGUCUGAUUCGUGUUCUUCCAACGCAUUUAUUAAUGCAAGUUUUGUCCCUGGCUAUAGAAAGACGCCUGCCUAUAUAGCAGCACAAAGCCCUUUUAACGAAACAACAGUUUUAGACUUUUGGCGACUUAUUUAUCAGAGGGGCAUCAAAACUGUUGUGAUGAUGACCAAUCUGGAAGAGAAUGACGUCACUAUGUGCUUUCAGUACUGGCCAAAUGGACAACAAAGUGACCACAUUGGCAUGUUCCAACUUUGUGUAACUCAUACAACAGAGUACACCCACUAUACUGUUAUAGUUGUUCAGGUCAGAACUCAAAAUGAAACAGAUCCAAGGAUAGUUCAAAUAUUUCAGUUCACUUCUUGGCCGCUCUGUGGCGUGCCGGAUGAUCCACUUCCACUCUUAGAGAUGAGGCAGUCAAUCAAGCGCCACCACAGAGAGGACACAACCCCGAUUCUGGUGCACUGUGGCACUGGAGUUGGGCGCUCGGGAGUGUUCAUAGCAGUCGAUGCCCUAAUAGAGCAGUACGAGGCAGAAGGCGGGGUCCAGGUGUUUGACUUCAUCAGAGCAAUCCGCAAAGAUAGAAACGGAAUAGUGCGUACUUUCUCUCAGUAUGUGUUCAUCUACGACGCACUGCUUCAGUUCUUCCUUGCUAGUGUGGAUAAACCAGAUACAGAAGAGAAACGUUCACCAAUGUUCGCCACUAGUCAAUGUUAUUUGCAAGAGCAGUACACUCUGAUGCGAAGAUUCACUCGAAGGAAGAGAACAAUUGGUCUUAGUUUGGAAGGAAUCAAGUACACACAGGGUCUAAACAAACACGGUGACCCAAUGUUGACCUUCCAGACAUCAUACGAGUCAGAGUCUACAUCAGAUUUUAACUUAAGUUUGGACAAAGUCAAACCAAACGCCAAACCUUUCUUUCCAGCCAUUGAAAGUAUUCAGAUACAUAAUCCUCGUACAGGACAUUGUCUAAUUAUACUUGGGGACAUCAAAACUCAAAAGUAUGUUGUCAUCGACAAUUCGAGUUCGAACAACGACCAUCAAGUAUUUCAGUUUCUACUAGACAACACUAUCAGAACUGUCAUUUCACUUGGGGACAAUUCUUUCUACAAUAGUGAGAGAGUUGUGGAUCUAGGUCAAGGGCGCACAAUCUUAAUUUCAACUUCUAUAUCAAGUGCUCAAUUCGCAAUGUCGGAUUUGAAAAUUGGUCCAGGAGGCCAUAGCAAUAUCGCGGGGGCUGAUCGGAUUCGAGUUUUUCACAAAAUUAACACGCCCAAGGACCUGGGGUCACAAACAGCUGAUUUGGUUGCACGAUUGUUAGCAGACGUCGUUAACUGGCAGAACGCAAACUCUGAUGUUAGCCAGGUUUUAGUGCAGGGUGAGACCAAUCUGAGUGCAGAACUUGUCGUCAUGCUUUUAAUCAUCUGCAAGAAAGCUGCGGUCGACGAGGAAGUAGAUGUUUACAGGACCAUCAAAUACUAUAACAGAUAUUAUCAACUAGUAAAGAAUUGUAAUGAAUACAAAUUUUGCAUUCAAGUCCUGAAGACCUUUAUGGAAUUACAGAAUUACAGUAAUAUCUAGAAACAUCCACAGUGGUGGCAGAACCUUCACGCAUUGCACUUAAUCUGAAACAUUGCUUUAAAAAAUAACCAAGUCAUAGAUUAGUUACUAAUAUUAAUGUUUCAAAGUUUGGGUGGUCAACCCUGACCAAGGCGUAAACAAAAACUUUCGUUUGGAAAUGACAAUAAAAGUAAAAAAGGAUGCUAUCUACAAUCUCACUGCUUGAAAUUUGCUGCAGUAAAGCACAUCACUUGAAAUUAUCAACCUACAAGCACAUCAUUGAAACUUGUUACCUUCAAACACUUGAAAUCAGAAAUCCCUGAUAUAAAUUCAGCCCAAUUCCCACCUCUAUCCUUAGUCUUUCUUGUGUGUAAUCUAGGUGAUAUGGUGUUAUUUCUAAUGUUGUUUUACAAAUAAAAUAAUUUACUAUUA